CCGCGAGAGAUGCUGGCCACGCCCUCCGAGUUCAUACCAAAACAACCCGAGCUCCUGCACCGUGUGGACGUUCAACAGCUACCCUUCGAUAGUUACCUGACCAAAACCUGAAAACAUGGCGAACAUCAUCUUUGCAGACAGGGAAAACCUCAGUCUCCCUGGACCCACCCUGAAGGCACGGCAGCGGCUCCUGUCUGCACCUGAGAAUUUGCUGAAGACGCCCAAACAUGCCAAGAAGCUCCUCACCCCAGUGCAGUCUGCUCGUAAGGCUCUGGGUGCAGUGAACAAGAUCAGUGGUACCCCUGCAGUUAGCAGGCACGAGAUGAAACCUCAGAAGACCCAGGAAACUAAAGUCAAAUGCAUUCCUCAGAGCAAAGUGGAGGAGUACCCCGACAUUGAGGGAUUUGUACCCUACGACCCACUAGAGUUUGAAAAGCACUAUGUACCAGAGGACAUGGUUCGUUUCGGCUACCUAGCGCUGCCCGGACUGGCGUCCAUUCCUCAAAGCUACUGUAUCCCAGAAGAGGACUUUGAACUGAUUGAACCGUGCACCACUACGCCGUCGUCAUCCAAGGUUCAACACGGCUCAGGUGACUGUUCGGCAGAGCUGAACGCCUUCCUCCAGACCAUCAGCGAGUUGACUAUCGAUCUACCUUCUGAAUCUGACUGAACUGCUUUUUUAUUUUUUUACACAUUUGACUGUUUAUUAAAUGUUUAUUCUUCUUGACAACUGUUCGUGGUCUCCUGAACCACCCUUAUCGUUUUCAUAGGUCAUUUAUUAAUGUUGCCAAUCCGGUUGGCUGUUGGAUGAUUGCAAUAAAGUACUUCCUCUAAGUC